AUGAAAGAGAAAAAGAGUAUUUUUGCGUUCUCUUCAUGUUCUUACAAACUGGGCGAUUUAAGGAUGUCGAACAAGAACAAUCUCAUCAAAGAAGAUGAAAAAGAGAUCAAAAAUGAUAAUUUUUCAGAAUCCCAGUUGGAAAAUAUUGAAGAAGAUGAAGGGAUUGAAAGAAAAAAACCGGAAGAUGAAAAGGUACCGAAAACUCUACGUUUAGGAGAAUCCGAGGUAGCUGAAGACGAUGACGGGUUCAAAACUCCGACAUCUUUAGACAACAAAAUCCCAGUGAUGACACAGUGCCCACCAGCUCCCAAGAAAAUCCGGUCAGAACCAUCACUGAAGAGAAAAGCAUCAUCGCCGCCGAGAAGCCUCAAGUUUGAUGUAUCGAUGGCCGAGGUCGAGUCGAUAUUUUCUGCGAUAUCUGAAGACUUGAAAUUCAAGAAACCUAGAAGAGAUCACGGUGAAGAUUGA